AUGAACACGGCGCCUUCACCAUUACCUGAACUGCGCGGUAGGCAGCUGAUCGUAUUUGAUUUCGACUGGUCGUUGGUGGAUCAGGAUACGGAUCGCUAUGUACACGAGGUGCUCUGUCCGCCACUUCGGGCUGAGUUGCAGCGACGAAAGAAGAGCGAGCAGUUCACCGAUCUGUGCGCAUCGCUGCUAGUCAAGCUGCACGAACAAGGCGUCACCGAGGACGACAUCCGCUCGGCGCUCACUACGCUGCCUUUCCAUCCUGGUGUGAAACGUGGUGUUUCCGCGCUCAAAGCCGCCGGUCAAACUACAUUCUUCCUGCUCUCGAACAGCAACACUUUUUAUAUCGACACGAUCCUGCGUCACCACAAGCUCGAUACACUGUUUGACGAAAUCGUCACGAACCCCGCUGCAUUCAACGAGCACGGAGCACUCAUCCUGCAACGCCGCAUCCUCGCCACCGACACGCAGCACACAUGCAACGUCGGCUGCUCCGCCAACAUGUGCAAGGGCGCCGAACUCGACGCGUUUCUCCACCGAAACGGCGGCCGAACCGCAUUCGACAGAAUCAUCUACGUCGGUGAUGGUGGAAAUGACUAUUGCCCCGUGCUUAGACUGGGCGCCAACGACGUCGCAUUUGUCCGCAAGUUCCGAGGCCUCCAGACCAGAAUUGCAAGAGAAGGCGGCGUCAAGGCCGGUAUCAAGUACUGGAAUGGCGCCUGGGAGUUGGAGGGUUACCUGAACGAGGCCAGGGGUCAACCUGCGCUCGACUACUAG